AUGGAAUUGUCGAAGAUAAAUCAAAAAUCAAAAACUGAUGCAGUCAUGUUGAUGUUGUUAAACAUUUCGCAGCAGCGAUUCACCGAAGUAUUGCGAAUGGAGUCAUAUUUGUCGAACCAACUAGUUGAAGUUAAUCAAAAGAAUUUCGCUCACUUCAGGGAAACUUUGGAUGCAUUUAUUAAAAUGGAUAAAUUGGAGGUAAUGUUAAAUAAUCAAAUAAUUAAUUGCUAAUUUCUCAUUAUUUCAGAUAUUUCUGUUUUUGGAUGUCGAAACAUUUGACAAAAUCAGUAAAAUGCUAAGACCAGUGGUUUGCUCGAAAUUUGACAAUGAUUUGAGACUUGCUGUUAUUCUUAUAUUUUUGACAAAAGGUAAGGAACACUUAUUUGUGACAAAAAAAAUCAUCUGAAAUCAUCUUCCAGGAGUUAGUCAGAAUGCGAUCGCCCUGUGGUCAGGCAUAAGUCAGCCAUCGAUUUCAAGAAUUUUGCGGCAAGGGUUUGAUGAUAUUUGCGAAAAGUUCGGAGAGACAAUUAAAUGGCCGACAGCUGAACAAAUUGCAUAUCAACAAGACUUAACAAAGAAUAAAAUUCCGUCAUUUGGUCAAAUUGAUGGUAAAUUAUGGUAUGUGAAUAGACCGCCUGGAACAGGAACUCUCAAUAUGUCAUAUAAAUCGAGAUUCGCCUUCAACAGUCUUUUUGUGGUGGACAAUGAAGCUAGGAUAAUUUAUAUUCAAUUGAGCAAAAAUGGAUGCCACUCAGAUGGUCAAAUGUUCAACGCUGGCCCCAUUUCAAAACUUCUGGAAAAAAAACAAAAUUUUCCACCACCAAUUAAACACCACGAACAUUUUAUAUGUGAUUCAUUUCUUCUGGGAGAUGGUGGAUUUGCGUUAACGCCUCAAUUACUGGUUCCUUUUCGCCAAACCGAGCUUAAUCCAGAAAAAGAUAUGUUCAACAAACACUUAUCAAAUCAACGAGUACUUGUGGAGAAUUUAUUUGGAAGAAUUACCCAAAAGUUUCGUUUAUUCAACAGACCAUUAGACCUUGAUAUGACACAAAAUCAAUUGGCGGUAAUUGCGGCAUCUGUUAUUUAUAACAGUCAGUUUGGCGAACCCGGAACUCUUCCCAUUCUCACAACAAACCACGUGGCACCUAGAGAAUCGGGAAAACUUUUCAGGCAACGUUUGCAUGAAAAACUUUAA